AUGAUUAUUAUACUAUCAAUUAUUUUAGCAAUUGCUUAAUCUUAAUAAAUCAAACCAUCUGACUUUGCAUUGUCUUUGAUAUAAGGUAUCAGCAUAAUACCCAUUUAUAGUAUAGUCAUCAAUAAAUUAUGA